AUGCUGACUUCAGGCACGGUCCUGGAUCACCAGGCAGCAGCCGCCUGCAACGAAGAGAGCAGGCCCUUCCUAUCUCCUUCCAUUGGUGCCACCUUCAAACAGGGCACCCUUACUUCCUGUUUCUUCAAGUACGACUGCCAUAAAGGAGCCCAGCGGCGGCAGGGCCCAGGCACUGGCCAAGCCCACCGCUGGCGCCUCGCACCUUACUCCCGGCUACCAGCCGGUCCCUCACAGAACGGCCCGGGUUCCAAGGCCAGCUGCCCGCCCCUCAGGAGAGGACGACCGCCCGCCCUCCUGGCUCACAGGGCCCCGGGGCGCCGGCGCCCGUUUCCCAAUGACAGGGCCCCGUUUCUGGCUCACACGCCCCCUGCGGUGCGGGCUCGGCUCGCCGCUCCCACGUUCCCAGCUCACGCUCCCGGCUCCCCGCCCCGCCAGGCUCGCCGCUCACCCGCCGCCCUCGCCCCAGUGCGCCGGCGGCGCUCCCGGGUCUCACCCCCGAAGCAGGCCCGCGCUCCCCGGCCGCCCGCCCCGCGCAGGCGCCCACCUGACUCGCCGCCCACACGACCCCCCGACUGGCAGGAGCCGGCGGCUACUCACCACUCACACGCCCUCAGCGCCCCGCGGACCCUCGUAGAGGCUCGGCUAAGCUCUCCGCCCGGCGCCUGCGCGGAGUUCUGCCAGAAGGCCCUGGAGCCGCCCGGGAGCUGCCCCGCGCGGCCGAGCGAAGGCUCCCUGAGGCAGGGCGCCGUGAGGGCGGGGGCGGGCGGGCGCCUCCCGGGGCCGCUACUCUGGGGCUGCACAACCGCGAGCGGGAUGGCGGUUGUGCUUGUGGUUCCACUCCGUGGCUGUGGGCGGGUCGGUUUCGGUGGCUUCCCGCGCGCGGGGGUCGCCGCCAUUUCCUCAGCACCCCUCGCCGCCCCGCUUCCUCGAAGCCCCUGCGCGCGCGGGCUGCGCGGUGGGCGUCUCGCCCCGGUGACGCGCGGAGAGACCAGGAGACUGGCGGUUGGAGCUCAGGAGGAUGGACUGAGGCAAGUUCUGGAGGAGAUGAAAGCCUUAGAUGAGCAAAACCUACCUGAUGUGAAUAACGCAAAGUCAGGAGGACGGGGUGAUUUGGUCCCAGCCAUCAAGUUUCGACACUGUCCUUUGCUAAGAAGUCAGCGCUGCGCCGGAGCCUGCCUGUGUCCCCUUGCAGUGGUCUGUUUGCCUCCGGAACCAAAUCAGAUCCACGUGUUACCUUCUGGUGGUUCAGUCUUAAGCCUCUCCUGAUCAAGACAACUUCUGCUCCAAUGCGGUAUUAAUGUUCCAGGCAUGACCAGCUGCUUCGGAUUAGAGCCCUCAGGUGGACUGGUUCAAUGGUUACAAAAUGUCCCUUGCUACCUACAUGAGGUCAUUGGCAGGAGACCAAGGUUUGGACAUCACACAGGAUGUGAAACCUCCAAAAAGCCUAUAUAUAGAAGUGCGGUGUCUAAAAGACUACGGAGAAUUUGAAGUUGAAGAUGGUACUUCAGUGCUAUUAAAAAAAAAAAAAAAAAAAAAAACAUAGCCAGGGAUUUACUGUCUUAGGAUACUUUAACUUUUUAAGAGUGUCAAAUGAUGGAAAUGUUGGAAUCAGUAGUAAACUAAAUACCACCUUGCGAUGA